AUAAGAAAAGAAAAACGUUGUGUAGCUAGUAGCCAUAGGAAGAAAAAAUUUGUGAUUUUUUCUCUUACAUUUUCCUCUGUAUGCGGAAAUUAAAUUGGAAGCAUUCUUUUUAUAAUAACUAAAUUGCUACGAGAUUAGAAAAAAUUUUUUUUUAAUUUAUUACGAAAAAGCGACUGAUGGAGAUUAUCGUGACAUUAAGAAAAGCAAUAGUGAAGCACAAGAAAGUAGAUACUUGGCACGCCGUUGUCUACUUUAUUGGCUGCUUUCGCUUCUUUGGUUUGUCAAGGCUGCUGUCACAGCGAAUAAAGCAAAGGGAGUACACUUUAAAAAUAAUUUAUAGUAAGGAGCACAAUGUCAUAUCCACCCAGACCUCCAAUGCCGCCUUAUAUAAAUCCUUCAAUACCGCCACCACACAUGUUGGGACCUAUGGCCAAUCCACCGCCGGUGCCGAGGGGAUUUAGGAAUUCAGCUACCAUAAGUUCUCAGCCAACGGUAUAUCAAAGGCCCCCGGAUCCUGCACCACAAUUCAAGGGUCCCAUAAUUACAGUCUUCGUGGGAAAUAUUAGUGAAAGAGUACCAGAAGCUUUAAUAAAACGUAUUUUAGCUACAUGUGGUCCAGUGGUGAACUGGAAACGUGUUUCCACUUUUGGCUUUUGUGAAUACGACGGACCCAUGGCUGGCAUGCGUGCCGUACGUUUGCUUAGCGAAAUUGAAAUGGAUGGUAAAAAAUUGUUGGCUAAGGUUGAUGCUAAAAAUAAAUUGCUCUUAGAUAAUUUCAAAGAGGAGGAACGCAAAAAUGGAGCCCCCGAGGUAGUAGAUGAAAAAAGUGAUGAUGAAGCUGCUUUGUCCUUAAUGCACCAAAUCAUUGAGGAGCAUAAGCAUGAAAUGGAAGAAUUUGAUCCUAAUGUUCGGAAUGAUAUGUAUGGCGGAAUACGUGGUGGAAAGAUUAAGGGUGUUAGACCAGACGAAAUUAAAGUUCCCAAAGUUUUGCAUGAGACGAAUCUUGAAGAAGAGAAACGUAAUCUUAUUAGUACUGAAAUUGGCAAAUUUAGGAAAAAAGCUGAAGCAGAUGAGCAUCGUAAGGAAAAGGAGAAAGAAAGGGAAAAGGAACGCGAAAGGGAGCACAAAGAUAGCAAGGGUAGGGAACGCAAAAAGCAGCGUGGUAGUGACGGUGAACAAGGCUGGGAUGUUGACGAUCCAGACGCCGCGGAAGCUAACACUAAUGGCUCGACACGCAAAGUUCAAAUAGUUUCACCGACAGUAUCGCCAGUACGUAAAGAAAAGGAACGUGAUACUUCUAAGGAAUCCCGACGUCGGCGUUCCCGAUCGCGCUCCAAAACCCGAGAUCGUGAACGUGAGUAUCGUGAGCGCGAAAGAGAACGGGAACGUGAACGGGAAAUGCGGGAGAAGGAACGCGAACGUGAACGGGAACGAGAAAGAGAACGUGAACGUGAGCGAGAAAGGGAAAGAGAACGUGAACGAGAGCGCGAACGUGAGCAGAGAGAACGCGAACGUGAUAGGGAACGUGAGAGAGAGCGUGAGGAAAAAAUUGUGCGUAAUCUUAAAGAUGUGCAACGUGAAAAAGAACUUGAGGAAGAACUGCGAGAACGCAAGAAGGCUGAAAAGAAAGCACGCGAAAAAGAGGAUGCCUAUCAAGAGCGUCUUUUAAAUUGGGAGGCAAGAGAAAAGCGAAAAACCAAGGAAUAUGAAAAGAUACGUGUCAAAGAGAAAUUAAAGCAAGAAGAGCGCGAAAAAGAAGCUAAACGUUUAAAAGAGUUCCUGGAAGACUACGAUGAUGAACGCGACGACGUCAAAUAUUACAAGGGCCGUGAACUACAACGGCGUUUAGGUGAACGCGUGCGCGAGGCCGAUCUCGAUGCCAAGGACCGCAAUAAAGAACAAGAGGAAUUGGAGGAAUUGAAAAAUAAAAUUUUUAGCGGUGAGUUUGAGAAUCCUACUCAGGAGUAUGAGAGGGCCAAAAAAGAGCACGAAAAACUGUACAAACCUCAAAUAAUCAUCGAUGUUAACAUGGAAAAUAUUCAACGGAAGGAACGUGAGCAGGAGCGUAAUCGUGAUAAAGUACAGGCUAAUGCUAGUAAACACCAUAACUCAGAGGAACUCUACGAUGAUGGCGGUGGUGGCGUUUGCGGCAAUGAUACGGGUGUCGGCUUAAGAUCCAUUAAUAAGGCUCACUCAAUUGAAUCGAUAUCGAAUGAGGAUGACGAUGCUUCAAGACAUGACACCAUAUCGAACGCAAGCAGUCGUUACAGUCGGCAGGGUUCGGAAUCCAGAGAUUAUAUGACUGCUCGCGAUGUUGAAUCUAUGUCACCGGCUACACCUCAAGGUUUCACUACAUCCCAUGCACAAAACGAAGCAGUUUCAACACCCCCGAUUACUGGAACUACCGUAAUCAGUUUAAAUUUGGGAGCCAAUGCUAAGAAGAAACGAAUCGAAUCCACUGCUGGCGUGUUUAAUAAUGACGAAGAUAACGAUGACGUGUCCAGUCCAAAAAAACGUAAACUAGUACCAUUAGAUUACGACGACAACCAUGGGUUAAAAAUUACUUCCCAUGCAAACUCCUCUGCAGUACAUGCCAAUGAGCGUCAUGACGUUCCUUCUGUUGGAACUAGCGGGUCCACAGCGAUCGUAGUGUCCGGUUCUAAGGGAGUUGGAGCUGGCAGUGCUACAGCCAUUACAACCCCAUCGAAUUCCGCAACACCGAUAACGAGCAACAAAACAAAACACAAUAAAAACGAUAGCUCUGCUGCAGCUGCCAAUAGCACUACAGUAGAUGCUGCAAACAAUAAUAAAAAGGAUGAUAGUAGUGGUACACGUGUGCAUGAUGAAAAACGCCGCCACAUAAAAAGCAUUAUUGACAGGAUACCAACUCAGAAGGAAGAUCUCUUUAACUAUAAACUUGAUCGCAACGAAAUCGAUAAUAAUUUAAUGGAAAGAAAGAUACGACCGUGGAUUAACAAAAAGAUUAUAGAGUACAUAGGUGAACCUGAACCGACACUUGUCGAUUUUAUCUGCUCCAAAGUAUUGGCUGGUAGUUCGCCGCAAAGCAUUUUAGACGAUGUUCAAAUGGUUCUUGACGAAGAGGCCGAAGUGUUUGUUGUGAAAAUGUGGCGUUUACUCAUCUAUGAAGUGGAUGCUAAAAAGAUUGGUUUAGGUAAAUAAUAAUGAUAAUAAUUCUUAUAUUAUUAUUAUGAACAUGGCAAGAACAA